AUGGCGGAGGAAGCAAAACGCACUAAGUCAAAAAUGUUCACUUCUAGAGAAGUUGAUAUAAUUGUCGACUUCAUGAAGGAAAAUGCUAGCACCAUGCGAAGUAGCCACGCUUCCGCUGGUCCGGGGGCCGCCCAAAAGGUCAACCAGAUGUGGUUGUCGUUAGUAAACAGUGUAAAUGCCUGCGGCAGCGGUCCUCGGACCUUAAAACAAGUAAAGGAAAAGUGGCGAAAUAUAAUGAAACACGCUAAGACAGACAUAUGCUUGCGAAAGAUAGACAGAUCAGCGACAGGUGGUGGCCCGCCUCUACCGAAGAUGAGCCAGACCUCGCAGGCCGUGGCUGGACUUUUCGACCACAGCUCUUCCUUCCAUGGCAUCUGCGAGGAUGCAGAUACGGCCAUCUCCGGAGACGACCCUCAGACCAUAUGGGAGAUGUCAUACGAUGUACUCGCUGAUUUGCCCAGCCCAUUAAGGAAACUUCCAUUGCCCUUGGGGAUCGAGGAUGUGGGCUGCGAUAGUCCGAUGGCGAUGGAGUCCAGCUUCUGUGCAACGGAGACAACCCCGGGUCCAUCGGCAAAGACUGUAUCUUCAGCGCUCGUCUCCGUUGCUGCUUUGUUUGCCGAAUGUCCAGGCGAGACAACGGGAAAAAUUGCGUCAGCUAGUUCCGCAGACCAAACCAGCAAGAUGCAGGCAAAAUGUGGUACAUCAGCAGGUACAGAUACAGAUUGCAAAAGUAACAAGAAAGAGCCUCAGACUAAGUCACUGAAAGAGCUGCAGAUGCUGUUCUAUGCCAAACAAAACAGCUUGGCAGACAAGCAGGAACAUUUCUAUGAACGAAUGACAGUACUUACUGAUAUACUCAUACAAAAAUUCCAAUAAUGACCUGAAACAUAUCUCCCUGGGCAACCUCUUCUACGGGUUCUGGAUCCACUGCUGGUUCUCCCCACAUCAACCGUAGAUUAUGGAGCACAGCACAGGCAAUAAUGAUGCGGGUGACCUUGGCAGGCUUCAUUCUUAUCUGUCAUACAAGAAUAAAAAGAAAUUGUAGGAAAAACAUUGAAUUAGCAUUUUUUUUUUCUUUUGGGCUGUGAGUACUCUAUUUAAAAUUCAGCAAUAACUGUACUUAGAAACUAAAUUAUAAAUUAGAUAUGUAUCACAACUUUAAUUUGAAAUACAUAUUAAUUUCUUUUUGCUACUUAGGAAACCCUAAUGAGAUAAGCAGCAAAAGACAAAUAAACGCCUUUUAAGACAUCAUUACUUCUUUGAUACCAACAUCUUCAUGUUUACUGUCUAUAAAUUAUUUUAAGAAAUUGUUUAUGUUUUGGUCAUUUUCUCAAUAAAUGAGAGGGUAGGGUAAUAAGUUAAUAACUGACAUAUUUCAUACAAUGUGUUUGACAUGAUAUAAGAUCUAAUUGAAUGUUUGCAUAUUCCAUAUCUGGUGCAGAUGUAUACUCCGAAGUGACACCUGUCUGUUAACUAAAACUCACGUAAGAAUGUUAUUGAUUGGUUAUUUCAAUAAAGUGAAUGGACUUGUAUUACUUUUACAAAGUUUCAUCUUGACUUCUGUUAUUAGAAAAAUCUUUUAUUUCUAGAACUUAUUAUUGUGAUUAAUAUAAGAAAAAUCCUUGAUUAUUAGAGCUUAUUGCUGUGAUUUAUAAUUAUUUGAAUUAAAGUUGUUAUAAUGUCUGA